AUGGACUACAGCGCAAUCUCCCACGACGACAACCCGGGCGGCGCAUCGCCCUGGGGCAACUCUCCCGGCUCCUCGCCCAACCCGAAUCAAACCACCUUUGGCUCCAUCGCCGGGGACCUCGGUGGUGAGCAGCCCGGCUCCCCCUUCCGCUACAGCCCCAACCCCGGAAACGGCGAUCAGGAAGGCUUCGGCGGCGAGUUCAGGAGACCCGACACCGCGACGAGCACCGAGUCCGCGACCGAGGUGGAAACGCAAGAGUCCAGGACCGAAGUCGACUCAGCCCGGACAAGCGGCGAGGCGGGACCCGAGACGCCUCAGAAGUCGCAAGAACAAGGAGAAGCCGCGCAGAGCGCGGCCGGUCAGGCCCGUCAGGAGCAGCAGCGCAAGCCUCAGCAGCCUCAGUACAGGCUCCAGGCCAAGAUCACGGGUCUCGAGAGGACCGGAAAGAAGGACCCCAUCUUGCGAUUCGAUGUUCACACAAACCUCCCGAGAUUUCGCACCACGCAGUACCGCGAUGUCCGCCGAUUCCACUCCGAAUUCGUCAAGCUUGCCGAACAUCUGAUCUCAGCGAACCCCGAGUGUCUGGUACCUACCGUGCCUCCCGCGGUGACAUCGGCCGGCGCAGGAACGGACGAAGACGAAGCUCGGGUGAAGGCCCUGCUUCAGCGAUGGUUCAAUUAUGUGUGCAGCAACGAGGUUCUCAUGAGGGACGACGAGAUGGUGCUAUUUGUCGAGAGCGACUUUGGUUACAGCCCCAUGGUUAAGAUGAAGCAGCCUGCGACCGGCGUCCGCAGAAAGAUCCUCAAGCAGUUUGCCCCUCCACCCGAUGAUACCCCGGAGCUGCAAGAAGCUCGCCCAAUCGUCAAGCUCUUUUACCUGGGGACCAUGGAUGCUGGCCACAAGGUCGAUAAGCUGGUCAAGUCUCGUCGCGGACUCGGAUUGGCUGAGUCCGACUUUGGCGUCAAGCUUGGCUCCAUGACCAUCCAAGAGCCCCAUCAGGGACUCGCCAACGCCUACCGAAAGCUCGGCAAGAUCGUACAGACCGUUGGCGACUACCACGCCGCACAAGCCACUGCAGAAGCUACGACAAUUGGUGACCCAUUCCAGUAUCACUCCCAGGACGCCUUUGUCGUCAAGGAAUCCCUGACCAACCGCCAAAUUCUCAUCCGCGAGUUCCUCCAAGCACAGGAGCAAACACGCAGCAAGCUCAACGCCGCGGACCGACUCAAGGCGAGCUCCAACGUCAGACGCGAAAAGGUCGAUGAGGCUAUUACUGCACUCGAUGAUGCGCGCCAGAACGAGACCUACCUGUAUCAAAAGACGACCCGCGUCACCCAGAACCUCGUGCAGGAGCGCCGAAAGUGGUUCGCGAGGACCGCGGCGGAUCUGCGGCUCAGCAUCAGGGAGUACGUCCUGCGCGAGAUCGAGGCGGAACGUCGCGCGCUUGCCGUUCUGGAGAGCGUGAGACCGGAUAUCCGAUCCAUUGACGCAUCCGGCGGUCUGAGCCGUCUCGGACGCGAGGCUCACCCAACCGUCCGGCGGGCCAGCCUGGCGGCCAGCCAAGGUCCCAAGGGCGACGCAUGGAGCGGCGUUCCACGACGUUCAGACCAGGCCCUCAGCCGCAGCGUGUCUGGCAGUCUUAUGGCUGGCGUCCCCGAGGACGGAGAGAAUGACGACUGGCAGGGUGCAGGACAGAACAAGGGUGGCGCUGGCGCAGCGGCUGGCCGGGCGAAUCUGGCCGGUGUGGCGGAAGAAGACGACGAGGACCGGGUGGAUGCGAGAAACGCGGCGAGCCGAUUGGCGACGAGCACAUUCUAG